GUCGGCGGCUAUGGUGCAAUUGGACCCUUGGGUUAGGGAGAGGUGCUGGCUGGUCGAUGUCCCCGGUUUGUGUCCAUUGAUUGCACACACUCGCACUAUGGUAGGGCUAUUCUGGGUGUGUCUGACUGCAGUGACGGCCCGUCUGGGACGGAUCUGACCGCAAUUCUGUCUAAAAUUCAGUCACAAAAGUGCCACGGUACUACCACCCUAGUGUUAGGAUGCCCCGCGUCUAGGCGAGCAGGACAAGAGCUGAAAGAGAUGGAGUAAGAAAAAAAAGGAUGAAGAGAAGGAUGGGAGGAAAAACUUUCCUUGUUCUUUGUGAUCGUAAUUUUUUAUUGCUGUACUUCACCACAGCGAGGCACGUGGAGCGGCCACGGAACUUGUUCUCGUAGGAGGACUCCGGUCUGGGCUGGGUUUGUCUGAGAAAAGCCAGGACAGACAUUGAAAACCGUCGGGGUCCCCGGCCGGGAUUGGGUUGUCGAGACCAAGUCAAUCAACCGUGCAAAAGCAAGCCACGUGCCGGAAUCGACGAGGCAGAUGCAAUCCACGUGGCAGAAGCAACCAACGUGACAGAACCGCUCCACGUGACAGAAGCACGUGACGAUCGAAGGAGCAAUCCAUGUGGCAGAAGCAAUCUUCUUUGUGGCAGGAGCAGUCCACGUGAUGAGAAGCAAUCCACGUGGCAUACGUUCGCAAAAGCAAUGCACGUGGCAUACGUUCGCAGAAGCACGUAACUGUGGAAGGAACAAUCUCUGUGGCAGGAGCAGUCCACGUGAUUAGAUGCAAUCCACGUGGCAGAAACAAUCCACGUGGCAUAUGUUUGGCAGAAGCACGUAACGUGGAAGGAGCAAUCUCCUCUGUGGCAGAGAGCAGUCCACGUGAUUAGAAGCAAUCCACGUAAUUAGAAGCAAUCCACGUGGCAGAAGCAAUCCACGUGGCAUACGUUGGCUGAAGCACGUAACGUGGAAGGAGCAAUCUCCUUUGUGGCAGCAGCAGUCCACGUGAUUAGACGCAAUCCCACGUGGCAUACGUUUGGCAGAAGCACGUACCGUGGAAGGAGCAAUCUCUGUGCCAGCAGCAGUCCACGUGAUUUUAGACGCAAUCCCACGUGAUUAGAAAGCAAUCCACACGUUGUCCGCCAUGCCAGCUGUGAGACACAGCCACGUCGCAGCGAGGAUGCUGUCGCUGAAGCUAAUUAGGACGGCGUGUGCAGUUCAGACCAAGGGAAGAGUCUUCAUCAGCUCGUCAGCCACUGCAACGAACCUGUCACGUAAAGCUGGACAACAUGGAGUUAAAUGUUAUCUUCGUCCCCAAGAUGGUGUACCACAUUCUUCUUUGGCCCGUUCUCCACGGUGCACUCACUGCUCCCGUGCAACUGGUGGCAUGUGGAAUUAUGAUCUGCGAGGAUUAGGGGGAUCAUUUAGAAAUGCCUCCUUACACUCCCAUGUUGGCUUGCCACUAUUGGGCGAAAACACAGAUCAUCACCGGUAUCGCCAUUGUCAUCGUCACGCUACCGUGGCCUCUCCUCACCUGCUGGGCGAUCGGAGGGUGUGCCUUGCACUCGUUGCCAAUGGCUUGGUUGUUGACACCGCUCCUGAUGGCGAAAAGGGCACUGAACAGACUAGUAUCAGCACUGGUGGUAGGAACGGUUCUGCGGGUGGUAGCGAUCCUCCGGGUGGUAAAGAAGGGGACGGAUUGGGGGCGAUGCGAACCCGGGAGCUAUUUUUAGGAUCAGGGGGAAACAGGCGAAACCAGUCGUCAGUGCUGACCACGAGUGAUACGACGCGAGCGAGUGAUGAUGGACGGAGUGGGAGGGCGAAUGGCAAUGUCUCUCCCUUCGCAAGCACUGGGUUUGAGGAUCUGAAGCUGUCACCGCGCCUUGCUGCACGUCUUCAGGAAAUUGGGGUGACUCGACCCACAGAUGUGCAGGUUGGUGCCAUUCCCGUGCUAAUGGAAGGCCGGGAUGCGGCUGUGCAAUCGUACACAGGAUCAGGAAAGACACUAGCUUACCUGUUGCCUUUGCUCACAAGGGUAGGGCCACUGAAGGCGGAAAUGGAGAGAGCGAUUCCGGAUGAGCUGGGAGGAGAAAGCGCCCCCGGAAAUCGCAAGCAGCUGCAGGCGAAGAGGGCUGAAGCGGGGGAGGGUAAGAUUGAGGCGGUGAUUGUGGCUCCUUCUCGGGAAUUAGGAAUGCAGAUCGUGCGUGAGAUAGAGCGAAUCGUAGGGAACGAACAGCGGCACGUGGUCCAGCAGUUGAUCGGCGGGGCUAGUCUGUGGCGGCAGGAGGAGGGUUUGAAGAAACAUAAGCCGGCCAUUGUAGUUGGCACGCCGGGGCGCUUGGCCGAUCUCAGUCGCUCCGGCCGCCUUCAGACGCAUGCCUGCAAGAUGCUUGUCUUGGAUGAGGCGGAGGAACUGUUAUCGCCUAAUUUCAAGCCGGACAUGUUGAGGAUUCUCGAACACGUUGGCAGGAGGCGUGGCAUCAGUUCAUCUGCGCCGUCAAGCGCAGUACGAGGAGCCAGCGCACUGGAGAUGGAGAAGAAGAGUAGGAAAAGUGAGCGGCAGCUCGUCCUUGUCUCCGCGACAAUGCCACCGUCUGUCAUAGCAGCUGCAGGGAGGUGGGGCGACGAAGCAGUCGUUGUGCGUGCGAGUAUGAAUGCCACAGAGGUGCAGCCAUGGGAGAAGGCGAUGACUAAGAAUGGACGGCAGCACGAUAAAGGUUCCAACCGUGGACCCGCCGAUGCCCGUGAAGGGGCCAUCGGCAGUGAAGAAUCGGACAGGGAAGUCGUCGUGCCUCCCAACAUUGCCCAUUGGGUUGUCGUCACCGAUGGUCGUCACAAGGUUGACGCUGUCAGGCGCACCAUUCAUGCUCUCGAAGCGCAGAAAGUGCUUGUCUUUAUGAAUUUCGGGCGUCGGCUGAAAGAUGCAAGGUUCAAGCUCGCCUCUCGAGGACUUACCGUUGGAUGCCUUCACGGAGAUAUGGGGAAAGUAGAGCGGGCAAAUGUGUUAGCGGGAUUCCGGGAUGGCAGUUUGCGGGUCCUGCUGGUCAGCGAUGUGGCCGCCAGAGGAUUGGAUAUUGCCGAUUGCGACCUCGUUGUAAACCUGGAACUGCCGACAGAUGCCUCGCACUACGGCCACCGCGCCGGCAGGACUGGUAGGAUUGGAAAAAAAGGGUGUGUUGUGUCGGUGUGUGAAGAGAGAGAGUCCUUUGUCGUAGAGAAGUUUGCUAAACGUCUGGGUAUUACGAUGACAAGGGGGGAUGUGAAGGAGGGGUUCCUGGUAGAAAGUGAGGCGGUGGAGAGGAGGGGAGGGGAGAAAGAAGACGAGCCGCAGGAACAGAGAGUGAGAGCUCGCGGCAGGCCUUCCCGAAUAGUUCCCGCAGUAGGCCUUCGGAAGAAAGAGAGUCCUUUGUUGCGAAAUAAAAAUGUAUAGUUUGUGUGUUAUUUUUUGUUAAGCGAUUCCAUUUCUUAUGUGAUUUGAAUAGCAGCACACCUUAU